CCGCCCCACCGCAGCCGGAGGGAGCCGCGGCCGCCGAAGCGCGCUCGAUGCCGGGAGCUCGGAGAAGGCGGCGGCGCUGCUGCUGCUGAGCGAGGGGGGGCGGCGGCGGCCCCGCCCGGAGAUGGGGAUUCUCAGCAUCACGGACCAGCCUCCUCUGGUCCAAGCCAUCUUUAAUCGUGAUAUAGAGGAGGUACGGUCGUUGUUGAAUCAGAAGGAGAAUAUCAAUGUAUUGGACCAAGAAAGACGAACCCCUUUGCAUGCAGCUGCAUACUUGGGAGAAUCUUCAAUUGUUGAACUCCUAAUACUAUCAGGUGCUAACGUUAAUGCAAAGGAUACCCUUUGGCUGACCCCGUUACACCGGGCUGCAGCUUCUCGCAAUGAGAAGGCACUUAACCUCCUCCUAAAGCACUCGGCAGAUGUCAACGCUCGCGACAAGUAUUGGCAAACACCACUGCACGUUGCUGCUGCCAACAGAGCCACCAAGUGUGCUGAGGCCAUCAUUCCCCUACUCAGUAGCGUUAAUGUUGCAGACCGCACUGGCCGAACGGCAUUGCACCAUGCUGUACACAGUGGGCACAUUGAGAUGGUAAACCUGCUUUUAAAUAAAGGGGCCAAUCUGAGCACAUGUGAUAAGAAGGAGAGACAGCCUAUCCAUUGGGCAGCCUAUCUUGGGCAUUUGGAAGUUUUGAAGCUGCUUGUGGCCCGAGGAGCGGAUGUCACAUGCAAAGACAAGAAGGGUUACACGCUUUUGCAUACGGCAGCAGCCAGCGGCCAGAUUGAAGUUGUGAAACAUCUGCUGAGGCUUGGAGUUGAGAUUGAUGAACCAAAUUCUUUUGGCAACACUGCACUUCACAUUGCCUGUUACAUGGGCCAGGAUGCUGUGGCCAACGAACUGGUCAACUAUGGCGCCAACGUCAAUCAGCCCAAUGAGAAGGGCUUCACCCCCUUGCACUUUGCUGCUGUCUCUACCAAUGGGGCCCUGUGCCUGGAACUUCUCGUCAACAAUGGAGCCGACGUGAACUUUCAGAGUAAAGAAGGGAAGAGUCCUUUGCACAUGGCUGCCAUUCAUGGACGGUUUACACGCUCUCAGAUUCUCAUACAAAAUGGCAGUGAGAUUGACUGCGCUGACAAAUAUGGCAAUACCCCCCUCCAUGUUGCUGCUAGAUACGGCCAUGAGCUGCUAAUUAGUACUUUGAUGACGAAUGGUGCUGAUACUGCAAGGUGA